AGUCCUUGCGGUUGGGUUGGUGGCAGAUUGUAGAGGACCUGAGCUCCAGUAGCAACUGCUGGUAAUUUAACAGGGGAGAGAGAGAAAGCUUGAACAGCUGAUUGCUGAGCAAAGAGGUGGAAGAAGCAUGUGAGCGGUGCACAGGGUCCGCGAAGAGCUGCAGCGGUGGAAAUGCACAGUGCAUUAGCCCCCGGGAGCCUGAGCAGAGGAAACCACUGUAAAGUUUAAACAGGAGGCAGCAGGAAUUCCAGUCUCUAGCUGAGCAGCAGGAGGAUUGUUUGAUCAUGUGGCGCUGUCGGAGCUGCUGAUUCUUUUCAGAUCGCGGAUUGCAAGCCCCCGGUACAGGGGGAGAUAACAGAUUCCACUCGCUCGCACACGCACACAGGCUGUUCUGACUGAGCUCCAGUUUAUCCGGCACUUUGUUUCCCUUCAUCCUGUGCUGAGCACCGAGACAUGUUUGACUCUGAAUGUGAGAUCUGGGAAGAGGGAAAAUAUGGAGAAGUCGAGUAGUGAGGAGUUUUCAAUCCACCGGAGCCCCUCAGUGGAGAGCAGGGACUCGGAGGUUGGAAAAGCCUCUACGCCUGGACAGCAGUUUGGUCGUGGAUUUACGGCUGGGGCUUUUUAUGGCAACUCCGGCAACCGCAACAGGGAGCCGGCAGGACCCGGUCUUAAGAGGGACAGAUACACAGCCCCGAAAGGCAGCAAAUAUGUGGUGUUUUACCUCGACCUGUCCUUUGUUUUUCUCCUAGAAUUCCAAAAGUGCAACAUGGCCAGGGGCUGUUUGUGUUGUCUGAAGUACUUGAUGUUUCUUUUCAACCUGAUCUUUUGGCUCUGUGGCUGUGGACUCCUGGGAGUGGGAAUAUGGCUGUCAGCAACACAAGGCAGCUUUGCCACCUUAGCACCCAGUCUGCCUUCGCUCUCAGCUGCCAACCUGCUUAUUGCCAUUGGGACCAUUGUGAUGGUGGUCGGAUUUCUGGGUUGUCUCGGUGCCAUCAAGGAAAGCAAGUGCCUCCUUUUAAGUUUUUUCAUUGUCCUGCUGAUCAUUUUCUUUAUGGAGUUGAUCCUUGUCAUCCUGUUCUUUGUGUAUAGAACAGAGGUAGCUGAGUAUGCACGUGGGGAUCUGAAGUUGGGCCUCACACUGUAUGGAUCAGAGGGGAAUAUCGGACUAACUAACGCAUGGAAUAUCAUUCAGACAGAGUAUGAGUGCUGUGGUGUUGACAACACGACUGACUGGGAUAGCAUACUGGGUGGUAACAAAGUCCCUGAUUCCUGCUGUCAGGAAUACAGCAAAGGGUGUGGAGAGAACAAUCCCAGCAAGUGGUUUGUGCAGGGUUGCUAUGAUACUAUUGAGUCAUUGCUUGAGAAGCAAACAGCUGUGAUUGGCUCGAUAGUGAUGUCCAUUGUGGUGAUUCAGAUCCUUGGAAUGGCUUUCUCAAUGACUUUGUUCCAUCAGAUCUCCAGAACUGGUAAAAAAUACAAAGCCUAAUCUUGUUGGAUGACAGUUCGAUGCCCUCACAAAAUCACGAAGCAUUCUUCAGAAGCUCGGAGUUUUGUCUGCCAGGCACGGUUCUAGUCAUCCUCUGCACUGGGAAACCUGCUCCGACAGCUCCUUAAUCUUUUGCCAAAGAAUUACAAAGCGCUAAACACCGUCAGCUUCUCUCUGGCAACUUCUGUUCACCCUUCUCCCCACUUCGACCCCUCACUAUCCUUCUCCAAAAGACAUAGUGCUGAUUCAGAACCUCCACUCUUCAUCAAAAAAGACCCUAACAGCCGCAUACUAAAAGUCCACGUUCGACAGGCCACAGCCUUGUUGGUACAGGAAUCUCACUUUGAGAUGGAUUCCAAGUUACUUCCAUGAGUCAGAGCUCGGACAGCAGUUUUUGUUGCCCCUGAUCUCUGGCUUGAUACCAGGAAAGUAGAUUUUUAACCGUUUUAUUCUUUGCGUGAGAACGUGUACUGAUGUCUGUCUUGAGUUGCAUUAAGAGGUCAUUUGCCUAACCCGGUCUGCGAGGGAGGGGAAGUUUCUCGGGACUUUGCCUGUCUGUCUGAACUGUGCGCUCAGCAAACAGUGUUCCCCUGUAAGAGAAGCAGUCAGAGAGAAACAUCACGUUUCAAUCCUUCAUGCAGGUACUUUUUUUUUAAAAAGACGGGAGUUCUGUCAAGUUGGGGUUGACUGUCGUACUUGUCAGGUGCUGCUCACACUAGUAACCAACUGAUACCACCUGAGGGACUAACAUUUCUCAGCAGCCUCUCCGAGGUAUAACAGAAAACAAUUACCUCGACCCUGUGUUGCUGCAACUCGCUCUGAACUGCUCAACACAAGCUGUAGUGAGGAAGCUGCUGUGAGGGCAUUGCUGCUUCAUUUGAAGAGCCAGAGUUGAGGUCUGACCAUCAGCAUGUAUUCACUUACUCUUUGCAAAUACAAAUGGAACUUUUUUUUAAUGUAGUUUAGGAAUUGUAUCUUUUAAGUAAAUAAUGGAGCAUUUUUUUGUACUGUU